AUGGCAGAGGCUUUACUAGAAUAUCAAACGACUUUAGUUCGUUAUAAUAAUCCAACAUUGGUAGUGAAGCAUGAAGAUAAAAAAAGUGACAAAGAGGAUUUCCCAAAGAGUCCUAAAAGUCCGAAAGAUGGUCGACCAGUUUCAGGUACAAUCAAUGAAACAAGAAAGGAAACUGAAGAAAUUUUAAAUUCAAUUAUUCCGCCGAAAUGUUGGGAAGAGGAUGGUCAAUUAUGGAGUCAAACAGUUUCCAGCACUCCCGCUACUCGUCAAGAUGUCAUAAAUCUUCAGGAAAUGCUUGACACUCGUUUACAACAGAGUCAAGCACGCGAAACUGGAAUUUGUCCAAUCCGACGUGAACUUUACAGCCAAUGCUUUGAUGAAUUAAUUCGUCAAGUCACAAUAAAUUGUACUGAACGUGGCUUGCUUCUUCUUCGAGUUCGUGACGAGAUUAACAUGCGCGAUGAAGCUUAUGAAACUUUGUAUUGCAGUUCUGUUGCUUUUGGGAUGCGAAAAGCUUUACAAGCUCAAGAAGGUAAAGAAAAGCUUCAAGAUCGAAUUAUUCAACUAGAACAAGAGAAAGCAUUAAUUGAAGCUACAAUUAGUGACAUGAAAGUGAAAGCUGAUCAAGCUGAACGACGUAAUACUGAAUUGCGAGAAUCUGAAGAGAAGAAACAUGCUGAAGAAAUUGCAUUCCUUAAAAAAACAAAUUCACAACUUAAAGCACAACUUGAAGGAAUUAUUGCAACAAAGAAAUGA